UCAUACUUUUCAACCACUGACAUCUUUACAGAACACAAUAGGUCCUACAAGUCCAACACAAAACAAACACCAUAACCCAAAAAAAUCCAAUAAUUUUGCAUUUUGGCACCCACUCAGAUGUUCGAGAAGUCCUGAAAGUGGGCAACCAAAAUUGACAAUGGCAACGAAGCUGCCCACCCCCCGCCAGCUGGCCUACCUCGACGAGCUGAAGAUGCGUCUGCAGGAGCUCCGCGAUCGGCAGGCGACCUUCAUGGAGCAGACGGCCAAGAUGCUCAGCCGGAUGAGCUCCCCCAACAUGGAGACGGUGGUCGGUCAGCCCAUGGCCACCGUUCAGCCGGAGGGAAGUGCAGAAGUGGGUGGCGGGGUCACCAAGGGUUCAAAGGGCAACCUCAACAUCAAGGAGCUGAUAAACCGCUUCGAGGAUCUGCGCAAGACCUCGCAGGAGUUUGGUGAUUUGCCCGAGGUUCCCGAGGAGCUGAUCAACGUGGAUGUGCGCCGCAUUCUGAAUGGCUACGAGAAGCUCAUCGAGGAUGGCAAUGUGCUUCAGCACUCCUGGUUCCUGCUCAAGAAGUCCACGGAGAGCUGUGCCCGUUUCGCCAGCUCUAAUGGCCUCAAGUCGGAAGAAUGUAUUCCGUCGAAGACGAACUCGGGCAUCGUUGAGGUCUCCUUCGUGGUACCGGAACGUAGUCCGGAGGUGGUUAGGAUAUCCCGGGUCAAGAAAUCUCCAUCGCUGCACUCGAAUGUGGUCACCAGUUCAGAGAUUGUGGAUAAGAAAAAAGAGGUAUUCACUCCAAAGGAUGUGAAGUGGAAGUGCAGUGCACAGGACUAUGGUCAUGCGCGUUGGGGAGCCUUCGUGCAGCUGAUCAUUCGCCUCACCCGUCCAUUCCACGGCUGCCGUAAGAAGAAGGCAUCCCAGCACUCCUCCUCCAAACCGAUUGCCCGCCACCUGCCCAAAAAGAAGCCCAUACACUAGGCCUUUUCUAUAGCCUGCCACACACAUACACAAAAUGCACAAGUAAAGAUCCAAACUAAACCAAAGCAAUCCCCCCACAUAAUCCCACUGAAAAUAAUCCAAUAAAACGACCCACACCCAAAA